CUCUUCCGGUUCCACGUGUCCUCACGCGACUUAACAAGUUUCACACUUCAAUUCGUACAGCCCCCGUUUGGCCGUUUCUUCUCGGCCAAUCUCAUUUCUCUCUAUCGACUGAUCUCCGAUGAUGUGCUCAGGCUCCGAUUCCGACUAGUACGAUGACGCCAGAAGCCUCCGUCAGGACUUAGCCAAUUCAUCGCCAGUCACCACCAACAGCGUUACUCUCCAAGCCUAUACCAACUCGUGUUUUGGUCGGUUUUAUUGUUUCAAUUGCAGUAAAGCCAUCCGAAUUCGAGAUGGUUAAAAAGCAAGUUCCCGAUUGGCUCAACAGCUCCCUUUGGUCUUCUCCAAUUCCUCCUGCAGAGACACCUUCUCCGCCGCAUCAUCAACAACCACCAGUUCAUCCGCCGUCUACAAUCCGCGGCGAUGAUACCGCUAAUCGCCCCUCCCGUGCCGCCAACAAAUCCACCAACACUGUUACUGAUUAUCCCGUCGACCGCCCGGUGAUCCCCAUGCCUCCUCCUACAAUUAGAACCGAUGCGCGCCGUCAUAAAGCAGAAAUUAGGGAUUCGGUAGGCAGUAAUGUUUACAAUAGUGAUGAAGACAAUGCGAGCUCCGCAGGCAGCUCUACCACAUCUGUCUCCCAUGCUGUAGCCAGCUCUUUGGCUGAUGAUAUUUCUCGCCAAGCACAGCUUUGCCAAGAGCUGUCAAAAAAGGUCAUAAAUAUGGGUGAAGUUCGGAAGCUGGCAUCACAAGGAAUUCCAGAUGGAGCUGGCAUCCGGGCAACAGUAUGGAAGCUACUGUUGGGCUAUCUUCCAAUUGAUAGAUCAUCAUGGCCGUCAGAAUUGACCAAGAAAAGGUCCCAGUACAAACAUUUUAAGGAGGAUCUUUUGAUGAACCCUUCAGAGAUUACAAGAAGGUUGGAGAAAUCAAGUAUUGAUAUUAAUGAACCAAAUGGUGAAGGAAAGGGUUUACUCUCAAGGUCAGAAAUUACACAUGGAGAACAUCCUUUGAGUCUUGGAAAAAAUAGCAUAUGGAAUCAAUUCUUCCAGGAUACAGAGAUCAUAGAACAGAUUGAACGUGAUGUCAAGCGUACUCACCCAGAUUUUCACUUUUUCUCUGGAGACACACCUUUUGCAAAAUCCAACCAGGAAGCUCUGAAAGAUAUUCUCAUUGUAUUUGCUAAACUUAAUCCUGGUAUAAGAUAUGUGCAAGGAAUGAAUGAGCUCCUGGCACCACUCUUCUAUGUGUUCAAAAAUGAUCCCAAUGAAGAAUACGCAGCUGCAGCAGAGGCAGACACGUUCUUCUGCUUUGUGGAAUUGCUAAGUGGAUUUCGGGAUCAUUUCUGCCAGCAACUUGACAACAGUGUUGUUGGUAUCCGUUCUACAAUUACAAAAUUGUCACAGCUUCUGAAAGAACAUGAUGAAGAACUAUGGCGUCAUCUGGAUGUGACAACCAAAGUUAAUCCACAAUUUUAUGCAUUCAGAUGGAUAACUCUUCUUCUUACCCAAGAGUUCAAUUUCGCAGACAGCCUUCUUAUUUGGGACACACUCCUCAGUGACCCUGAAGGCCCUCAGGAAACCCUGCUCAGGGUGUGCUGUGCAAUGCUUAUCAUCGUUCGGAGGCGCUUACUAGCUGGUGAUUUCACCUCAAAUUUGAAGCUACUCCAAAACUAUCCAUCCACAAAUAUCUCCCACUUGCUAUAUGUUGCCAACAAAUUACGCACUAAGCCAAGUGCCUAAACUUUAAUCCACAAAAUUUACUGUGAUAUUACUUCAUGGUGUUUGUUUGGAUACAUAUAUUGAAAAAAAAAGCUAUAUUUUGUAACAUGUAGGGUGUAAAUGUCAGAUUUCUAGCGAGAUUUGUCAUAUAUUCUUUUAUUUCUAUUGCUGCUUGCCCCAUAGCCUUAAGUUUUUUUACUUGUUUCUUUCAACAGUCUGUUACAAAACUUUAUUAUUUAUUAUUUAUUUUUAGAGAAAGGAAGGGAGUUUAUGUUUUCAGUUCUGUUUGGUAAUAAUUAUAGAUUAGAGGAUACUCGGUGAUACUCCCUUCAUCGCAUUUCAUCUUUUCCAGUUACAGAAUUCCUAUCAUUAGUCGAACUGUAUCUUUAUUCUCU